AACCAAAAAAGACGUUGAACGCCUCUAUAGUCUCUGAUAGGGAGUGAUUCAGAUCAAAACGUUUAUUUAAAAAAAAAUGAUGAGCUUAAGAUUGCUGUGCUUGAUCGGUUUGGUGGCGGGCAUUCAUUGCGGUCUGGUCCGACGCGACUUGGGCCACAAGGGCGGAAGCAGCUAUGGCGCUCCACCGGCAUCAAGCUAUGGAGCCGUACCUCCAGCACCCACUUAUGGAGCUGCUCCAGUAUCCACUUAUGUUGCAUCAAACUACGGCGCUCCCGUCUAUUACGAAGAGGAUGACAAGCCGGAUCUGAAAGCCAAACUCGAGGAGUUCAAGAGCAAAAUCAUCGGUCAUCUCGGUUACAUGAAGGGCUCCAUCCUGGCGGCCAAGGGCAAAAUGAUGUUGAAGAAAGCUCAACACUACCAACAGAAGGGCGAGAAAUUGGUAGGAAUCGGUGAGUCUCUGAAAGCUUUGAAACCAGAGAAAGAGGAGAAGCAUAAACACCACGAGCCGAGCUACGCUCCGAUCUACUCGCCACCAGCUCCCGUCUACUCGCCACCGGCUUCCGGUUAUUCCGGUUAGGAAGUUAAAGUACGAAGGUGAACGAGUUUGUGGUUCUUUUAUUUUUAUCUCUUCAAUGUACAGCUCACAAGCGUUUCUCCCGGUAGAGACGACGACAUUUUUUUCCCCCCGUACACAAUAUGAGAGAGAGAAUGUCAUUCUGUAAAAGAUGAAUAUAUUUUGUUGUAGUAGUAGUGUGUAAUACUCCAUCCUAUUCCAAUCAUUGCUUCCCGCUUUUACUUCAAUUUUCUUAUUUGUUACGGAUCCCAAAUCAGCCAACAACAUCAUCAUCAUUUAUAGCCCAUCAAUUGGAAAGAAAAGGAAAAGAAGAAGCCAAGAGUAUUAUUACAUUUUAACCCGAUUGAUUUGUUUGUUUGAGUAUGUUUCAUCGUGCCGGCUAAUCAUAGAUCUCGUUGUGACGCGAGCUUUUUGAUUUUGUCAUCACUUUCUCUUUUGUCUUUUUGGAAAACAUUUUCAUACCACCUGAUGAAUACAGAUAAAACAAAAAACAACAAA